UACACUAAUUUUCUUUCUCUGCGAUUUCUCUUCAGUUUCCUUACUCCACUUUUCUUCCUUCUUCUCUUCCUUAUUGUCUUUCUUAAUCAAAACCCAUUUUUUUCUCACUUAAUUUUUCAUUAAUCUCCACCAAGUUAGUGACAAACAAAACUAGCUUCACAUGGAUGUUGGUUGCUGCGGGUCAUUCAUUUUUUCUUUUCUGCUGAGCAUUCAGAUUAAUCCAUGAUGUGUUGCUAAGAAUAGCAAGCAAAGAUUGUGUCUUGUAAGAGACAGAAAAUAUCCUAUGGGCAACUGCCUAGAUUCUUCAGCUAAAGUCGAUACAGCUCAAAGCUCUCAUUACACUUUUGGAUCAGAAGUCCCAACAUUUUUGAUCAAAACUGACCGUUCAUCAGCUCCUUCCAGGGUGGCCAUUCAAUCGUUCAGUGAGAAAAGCAAUGCUUCAAGUCUUCCUACUCCAAGGUCUGAAGGUGAAAUAUUAUCAUCUCCAAAUUUGAAAGCCCUAGCUUUCAAUGAGCUAAAGAGCGCCACCAGAAAUUUCUCGCCUGAUAGGCUUCUUGGUGAGGGAGGAUUUGGUUAUGUUUUCAAAGGAUGGAUUGAUGAAUACACUUUUUUGGCUGCAAAGCCGGGAUCAGGAAUGGCUGUUGCUGUCAAGAAGCUUAAAUCUACGAGUUUCCAAGGCCACAAGGAGUGGUUGACUGAAGUUAAUUAUAUUGGCCAACUUCAUCCAAAUCUGGUUAAGCUAAUUGGGUACUGUCUGGAGGGUGAGAACCAGUUUUUGGUCUAUGAGUUCAUGCCUAAAGGGAGCUUAGAGAAUCAUCUAUUUAAAAGAGGGCCACAAGGCCCACAAUCACUUUCCUGGGAAAUAAGGAUCAAAGUGGCCAUUGGUGCUGCUAGAGGGCUCUGUUUUCUUCAUGAGGCCAAACCACACGCCAUAUAUCUUGACUUCAAGGCUUCUAAUAUCCUAUUAAAUGCGGAGUUCAAUGCUAAGAUUUCUGUUUAUGGGCCCUCAAAGGCUGCUGCUGCACGUAAAUAUGUUGCUACAGGUCGGCUGACAGCAAAAAGUGAUGUCUACAGUUUUGGGGUUGUGUUGCUAGAACUAUUAUCUGGACGACGUGCUAUUGAUAGGAAAAAAGUUUAUACUGAGCAGAUUCUAGUAAACUGGGCAAAGCCGUAUUUGGGUGACAAAAAACAAUUGUUCCGAAUUAUGGACACAAACUUGAAGGGCCAGUAUCCCCAGAAAGGAGCCCAUACAGUUGCCACCCUUGCCUUGAAGUGCCUAAGCAUUGAAGCUAAAUUCAGACCUAAAAUGGCAGAGGUAUUAGCAACCCUAGAACAACUUGUAAACCCCAAAAUGACUCACUUUGUUAUUUAAAUUUGAAAUAGAGAAUUCAAUAUUUAAAUGGAUUUUAAUGGUUAUUGUUGAUGCUGAGGAUCUUUGAUAGAAUUCUUUCGUCAAGAUUGGAUGGAAGACCAGAAGAGUCCUUGUAAUGAACAAAGAAAUCUAGAGUAAUAAGAUUGGGGUGGUGCCUGCCAAGGACCCUUUAAUUCUUAAGUUAGGCACAACAAUAUGUAAUAAAAUGUAUACAGUAGAAAGAUAAUUGUGUGUACCUCUUUUGGUCAGGGGAGACUAUUAUAUAUAGUCUUUAUUGUAUUAGCCGUUGGAGGCCUUUUAUGAUUUUGCCUUUAUGGCUAAGUUGCAUUCAUGGUGCAUUAAUGACCAUUUAUGAUCCUGGUA